AUGAGCAUCACAGAGCAGCAUUGUUACUUAUACCGAAGAAAAACGUGGUUAUUGUGGAGAUUAGCUGGGAGUAAAACUCCCCGUUUGUGACUUUAUGUAGAUUUUUAUACGCAGUCGCAGUUUAUACUCUGUUAAAAGGUUUUUUUGUUGGCAAAUGAAGGAAAAUAAGGAGAACACCACUCCUUCCUUUCACGUCACCACUCUGGACCACAUUAAGCCAUGCUGGUACUGGGACAAGAAGGACCUGGCGCACACUCCGUCCCAAUCCGAGGGUCUAGACCCGGCUACGGAGGCCCGGUACCGCCGUGAGGGAGCCCGGUUCAUCUUCGACGUCGGGACCCGACUCGGGCUACAUUAUGAUACUUUGGCUACUGGAAUCAUUUAUUUCCACCGUUUCUACAUGUUUCACUCGUUUAAACAGUUCCCCAGAUACGUGACCGGAGCCUGCUGUCUGUUUUUGGCUGGAAAAGUCGAGGAGACGCCGAAGAAGUGUAAAGACAUCAUCAAGACGGCUCGCAGUUUGCUGAACGACGUGCAGUUCGCCCAGUUUGGAGACGAUCCGAAGGAAGAAGUUAUGGUCCUGGAGAGGAUUUUGCUGCAGACGAUCAAGUUUGAUCUGCAGGUGGAGCAUCCAUAUCAGUUUCUUCUGCGUUAUGCCAAACAGCUGAAAGGGGACAAAAAUAAAGUGCAGAAGCUGGUGCAGAUGGCCUGGACCUUCGUGAACGAUAGCCUCUGCACCAUGCUGUCUCUUCAGUGGGAACCCGAGAUCAUAGCUGUAGCAGUCAUGUACCUGGCAGGCCGCCUGUGUAAGUUCGACAUCCAGGAAUGGACGUCCAAGCAGUCGUCUCGCCGAUGGUGGGAGCAGUUCGUUCAAGACGUCCCCGUGGAGCUGCUGGAGGAUAUCUGCCACCAAAUCCUGGACCUGUACUCUCAGGGCAAGCAGCCAAUCCCACAGCAGCCCCAGAUGCAGGAGAAAGACAAGCCACAGCCGCCUCCUACAGUCCUGCUCGGCCAACCAGGAGGAAUCCCUGCACCGGUACCGGCAUCCAAGAAGAAUUCUCCUCAGGCCAGCCCUCCACGGCAACUCAAACGCCAACACCCUUCUCCAAAAGAAGAAUUAAAAGUAGUCACAGAGCAAGUUGGGUCUAAAAUACCAAGACUUGAGAGUCCAAUGCCUCCUUUACCAGUAACCCAGCCUCCUGAUCGCAAGCCGCCACCCUCUGCGCCGGCGCCUCCUAGCGAAGCCGAGCCGGCGUCCUCUGGCGAUCCGGAUUUACCUAAGGCCCCCCCUCCACCGCACGGAGCACCGCCCCCUCUGCCCCACCGCCCACCUCCGCCCCCACCCUCCAGCUACAUAAUGGGCAUGUCCACGACCAGCUCGUACAUGUCGAGCGAGGGCUACCAGAGCCUGCAGUCCCUAAUGAAAACGGAUGCUCCGUCUUACCCGCACAUGCCGCCGUCUUACCCGAUGCCUUACCACCCGCACGCUUACCCGCCACCCAGUGCACCCCCUCCAGGCCCACCUCCGCCACCCCCUGCGUCUUACCCGCCUCCUAAUCUGCCUCCGCCUACACCUGCGUACCCGCCGCCGGGCUACAAUCACAACUACCCGCCACCCCCACCGCCGCGCAUGCCACCUCCGGGGAUGCCCUUACCGGCCGGCUAUCCGCCUCCACCUCCGGGACCCCCAGGGCAGCCGCAAGUGCCCAUGCCGCCCGUCAUGCCUGUUGCGAAUUUGAACCGUGGAGCCUGGAUGAGGUGAAACCAAGUUGGACAAGUCCUCAACAAACUCAAAAUAGCUUUUCUCAUAGCAAUCUGUAUAUAAAUGAAAUCACAUCCCAUAAUAGUCCAUAAAUCCGGCGUCUCGUUCAGGCCGGGCGUCUCCUUAGCCCCACCCACAAAUCCCGAUAAUUUCUUUGUUAAAAAAUUAUCCAGAUCUUUGUUUAGAAUACGUCCGUUUCCUACGGAAAUAAUUUUCGUGCGUGUUUCACGAUAGCAUCAACGCUAAACGUUACCCCAGUCGUCAAGUGCAGGAGCGACGACGCCCCUCGCAAGUCGGAUUCCAAACGUGAAUUUCCUUUCGCGUGUGUGUGUGUAUAGAGCAAGAUUUAUUUUCAUGUUUGGUGUAAUAAAAAUCUUCCCCCCUUC